CCCACAAUCCUUUGCGGAUUCAAUAUGGCGUCUGACAUAACUGCCUGACUCCCGGCAGCUUGUCAUAAACGCAUUAGUAGAUAAACAGGGGUUAAAGUUAUUACGAAAGGAGGAUGAAACUGUUGCUGACGGUACUGAGACAAAGCCACAAACCUGCUGUUGUCUUCAGUCGCCGGCGUCGUUCGAACUCGUGCGCCAGCAGCGGGCUGUUGUCUCCUCCAGAUGAGCUAAUCGUGGGCUCGAGCCCUCAGCUGGUGGAGACGCUGGGCUCUCAGGUGGAGGUGAGGACGGGCUUCAUCACGGAGGAAGAAGAAGCCGCUCUUUUGCGAGAGUUGGAGCCGGGCCUAAAGAAGAAACGCUAUGAAUUCGACCACUGGGACGACGCAAUCCACGGCUACCGAGAGACUGAGCGUGUGACGUGGGGGCCAGCAUGCGAGGCCAUCCUGAGCCGUGUCCGAUCUGUGGCAUUUCCCACGGGCAGUCCCCUCCUCGGCCCUGUGCACGUUUUAGAUUUGGACCGAACUGGCUACAUCAAACCUCAUAUUGACAGUGUCAAGUUCUGUGGCAACACCAUUGCUGGGUUGAGCCUUUUGUCAGACAGCAUCAUGCGCUUGGCGAGGGAGGGGGCUCCCGCAGAAUGGCUUGACCUGCUGCUGUCUCGACGCUCCCUCUACAUACUCAGGGACCAGGCCCGAUAUGACUUCACUCAUGAGAUCCUGAAGGAUGAGGAGUCUGUGUUCAAUGGACACAGAGUGCCUCGACAGCGCCGGAUCUCCGUCAUCUGUCGGAACCUUCCAAUCUAAUCUGACUUUCUCAGCCAAAAUGAUGUACUCCCAUUUAAACAAAAACAGCCCUUUUAAACUAAUUCUCCAUAUACAUGUUGGAUGUACAUUAAAAUACAAUGACAGACCCUAGUGUAUAAAUAGAUUUAUAUUUAUAUUCUGUGUAAUAUAGUGACUCUUUGUGAGUUACUUUCUGAUCAGUCUCCUGAAAAGAAUGAAAUUCAACCCAGGGUGCAAUAAAAAGAGUAUUGUUCAACAUCUGAAAUCUGAAGAUGUUUAGUGGAUUACCACACCUUUUUUUUUUUUUUUAGUAGUCAGAAGGCAGAUGAGAAAUCAAAUAACUUACCAAAUUUAAACCC